CUCUGGCAGUUGUAGACAAAAGAAAUGUAUAGAUAGAAAAUGAUGUUGUCAAAACCACCCGAAAGAUAGUGAAAUUCUGCUUAGUUAUAAAUUGAGAUCACGCGGAGGACAAGUGAGAUGUGCUAGCCGAUAAGAUAAGAUGCUGGCCCUGGGCAGAACGGCCUCCUUGGGCGCCCUUUCCGCCCGCCCCCUCGCCAUUUGCCACCUGGCAACGCGAACGAAAACAAAAACAAACGAACACAAACAGGGGCAGCAAACAGAUGUUUGUCUCCUGUUACGCAAUCCCCACAAAUUGGCGCAAAAUUCAAUGACGCCGCCUGUCAGAGCAGCGCCGGCAGCUGUGGGCACAGGAAUAGCAACACAUUCACACUCGCAGCAGACGAGCAGGCGCCUCCACAUCUCGUCAGCGGAUAAGUCACGAUAUUCGGCCAGCACCAUUAUGACCACCUACCACAAGGAGCUGCUCCUCAAGGACUACGACAUAGUGGGCUUCGAUCUGGACGGCACCCUGCUGCGCUACAAUCUCCGCGAGAUGUCUGCGCUGAUCUAUGGGGUGCUCAAGCAGUUCCUAGUGGAACAAAGGGGCUACGACAAGGAGCUGCUGGCUCAACCACUCAAUCUGGACUUCCUGCAGAAGGGCCUGUUCCUCGACGGGCCGCGUGGCAAUGUCCUGAAGCUAAGCAACGAGGCCCAGAUCCUGCGAGCCACCCACGGCACUCGCCUCCUGAGCGACACGGAAAUCCAGGCCAUCUAUGGACAAGAUCGGAAAUGGGACAUCACCACCGCCUUCUACAGGGAUCCCCUGUCCACCUGGAACGGUGAGGCGUCCACGCAGAUGCGCUCGCUUCUUGAUUACUUCGAUAUGCCCAGUGCCUUGGUCUUUGCCCAGGCAGUGGAUCUGGUGGAUAGGUCGGAGAGGAAGCCAGAGGCGGGGGAGGAGUACCAGGUGUGGCAGGAUGUGCAGGCGGGCCUGAUGAACAUCUAUAGUCGAGAGCACUUUAGCAACGACAAGAGCCUGUAUUUCAAAAGCAUGCGAGCGGAACCUGAAAGAUUUGUGCUCCAAACGGACGCCAGCGUGAUGAAAUGGCUGGGGGAGCUGCGAAAAUCGGGCAAGAAACUAUUCCUGCUCACCGGCUCCAAUGUGGACUUUGCCAAUUUGACGGCCACCCAAGCGCUGGGCAAGGAUUGGCGCAAAUACUUUGAGUUCGUGGUGACGUACGCCAAGAAACCGGGUUUCUUUACCCUGCAGCGGCCUUUCAUGCAGGUGGAUGUGGAUAAACUGGCGGAGCUGCCGCAGGAGGCGGAAGAAAUAAGGGCGGGCGAGGUCUACUCCCAGGGAAACUGGCAUCAGCUACAUGCUGCCAUGGCCAAGAUGCUCCACAAGGAGCCAUCCCAGGCCAAGGCACUGUAUUUCGGUGACAACAUUGUGCAGGAUGUUUACACGCCGGUCAAGCACCGCGACUUCGAUGCCGUGGCCAUAGCGGAGGAGCUGCUCCUGGAGGACGGUAAGUAUCCGUAUGCCGCCGAGUUGGACUCCCAGCUGUGGGGCUCGUACUUCGCUCUGGACUGCACACCCACCCUCUGGGCCAGCUUCAUCAGCAGCUACGCCCAGUUGUGCGUGCCCUCGGUGGAGCAAGUGGCGCAGACUUCGCCAGACCAGCGGAUCAUCUGCUCCAAUCCGUAUGGCUUCAGUCCGCGGCUGCCCAAGGAGCUGGAGACCGUGCAGCUGAAGAGCUGCUGGCGGGGAUGAGGGGGUGGCUGACCUGCUAUCUUCCCCCUGCAGACAAUAAACGACCUGCGAUCCCGGGACGCAGUUAAUCCGAUAACGCUUCUUUCAGCUUCAAAAUUCAUACGUACAGACAAUUGUAUUUGAUAAUAGCAAUAAACAACGCGAUCUUCUGGAAUAUUCAAUUAGCACAUACAGUGCAUGCCAUAGCUAUAAGGUUUUUCGAAAUUCACUAAGAUUAAUUGUUUUCAGGGAUUAUUUGAGUAUACAAAAAGAGUCCAUAACCAAUUCAAUUGUUAAUGCUAGACAUGAUUCAUCAAUUCUAAGUAUUUCGACUAUUUUAUUAAAAUCCUUAUCUUAUUUCGGUUUACGACUUCCGAGGUCUUAUUCCAAAGUCCAAAGUAAGGACCGAUACGUGCACAAAUAUUGGAUACGUAAAUCAACAUACUACUGCAAUUGUUAAUACAUUAAAUAGUUUAAUAACCGAAAGUUUUAAUAUACUUUAGCCCAAUUUAUUGUAUAAGCUAACAUUUAAUAGCACGAUAAGCUACUAAUUUUCCAAACCUACACGUUUUAUAAUGAUGCCAUGCCUUUUUGAGUAUAUAUAGUUAAGGAUUGACACGUUGUGAAACUGAAUCGCUAAUUUAAUUCACAGUGUAGAAAAAAUUGCAUGUGUACCAGAGAAACUAAAAGCAAAUAAAACGGGGUUGUGCAUCAUCAUAA